CGGCCCGGCCCGUCCCGCACCCCCGCGGCGGCCCCGCGGCCCAGCGCGCCCCCGACCCCGGGCCCCGCCGCCGCCGCCGCCAUGGCCCGACCGCUGGUGCCCAGCUCGCAGAAGGCGCUGCUGCUCGAGCUCAAGGGGCUGCAGGAGGAGCCGGUGGAGGGCUUCCGGGUGACCCUAGUGGACGAGGGUGACCUGUACAACUGGGAGGUGGCCAUCUUCGGGCCCCCCAACACCUACUACGAGGGUGGCUACUUCAAGGCACGCCUCAAGUUCCCCAUCGACUAUCCGUAUUCCCCACCGGCCUUCCGGUUCCUGACCAAGAUGUGGCACCCCAACAUCUACGAGACAGGGGACGUGUGCAUCUCCAUCCUCCACCCCCCCGUUGAUGACCCCCAGAGUGGGGAGUUGCCCUCAGAGCGGUGGAACCCCACCCAGAAUGUCAGGACCAUCCUGCUGAGUGUCAUCUCGCUCCUCAACGAACCCAACACCUUCUCACCGGCCAACGUGGACGCCUCUGUGAUGUACAGGAAGUGGAAAGAGAGCAAAGGCAAGGACCGGGAGUACACGGACAUCAUCAGGAAGCAGGUCCUGGGGACCAAGGUGGACGCGGAGCGGGAUGGCGUGAAGGUGCCCACCACGCUGGCCGAGUACUGUGUGAAGACCAAGGCCCCGGCGCCCGAUGAGGGCUCGGACCUCUUCUAUGACGACUACUACGAGGACGGGGAGCCCGAGGCCGAGGCUGACAGCUGCUUCGGGGACGACGAGGACGACUCUGGCAACGAGGAGUCCUGACACCACGACCCCGAGAAUAAACUUACAGAUUUUACCUCA